UCCAUAGAAGGGGACGUCAGUAUUCGUCCUUGACUAACUCUGCGACAGGCCUUCAUCACUUGAAUGCUGGACGCCCAAUUGCGGAAUUAGGGGCAGCAAUCGACACUUUUAAGAUUUGUUUCACCCCACUUAACAGGGUGAAAUCUCGGCUGGUUGUUCGUUGGACAUGGCAUAAGAUGGCACUCGAUGUAUUUCGUGAAUACCUAGGAAAAUCGAGAAACAUUAUUCAAUACCGUGACAAAGAAGAAUAAUGCACUGAAGUGCCUACAUUGGAAUCGAAGGAGUUUUUUUCCAAAGGGAGGAUGAAUAGUGAAGAAGAGUUUUAUGAUGCAGUCACAGGUUUUGAAUCCGAUGAUUCUGAAACUAGAUUGGAGAGUUUUUCCAGCAAAAGUGGAAGCAGCUCAUCUGAACAGAAUGUUCAUAACCAAGAUUUGACCCAAGAAAAUGGACUUAAAAAACAUAGAACUUCAUUACCAGCUCCAAUGUAUAGCAGACAUCAAUUAAGUUUGUGGAGCAUUUUAAAAAAAUGCAUUGGAUUGGAACUGUCAAAAAUUACUAUGCCUAUUAUAUUUAAUGAGCCUUUGAGCUUUCUACAACGAAUUACAGAAUAUAUGGAACACACAUAUCUUAUUCACAAGGCCUGUCUGCUUUCUGAUUCAGUAGAAAGAUUACAGACGGUAGCUGCGUUUGCUGUUUCUUCUGUUGCUUCACAAUGGGAAAGGACUGGCAAACCAUUCAAUCCACUCCUAGGUGAAACCUAUGAACUGAGAAGGGAGGAUCUUGGAUUUAGGCUUGUAUCUGAACAGGUUAGCCAUCAUCCACCAAUCAGUGCAUUUUAUUCAGAAGGCAUCAAUAAGGAUUUUGUUUUCCAUGGUUCCAUUUAUCCAAAGCUUAAAUUUUGGGGGAAGAGUGUAGAAGCAGAACCACGUGGAACUAUCACAUUAGAACUUAAUAAGCAUAACGAGGCGUACAGUUGGACAAAUCCUUCAUGUUGUGUACAUAAUGUAAUAAUUGGCAAGCUGUGGAUAGAACAAUAUGGAACCGUAGAAAUUACAAAUCACAGUACUGGUGAAAAAUGUUUGUUGCAUUUUAAACCAUGUGGACUUUUUGGAAAGGAACUGCAUAGAGUUGAAGGAUACAUUCAAGACAAAAGUAAAAGGAAGGUUUGUGUAAUAUAUGGCAAAUGGACCGAGUGCCUGUGGUGUGUGGACACUAACACAUAUGAGACUUACAAGAAAAAUGAUAAGAAAGGUGGAGACCAAAAGAAAGCUAAAGAGACAGAGGAUGUUGUACGAGCUGAAAAUGAUGAAGCCGACGACAUGCCUGAAAUCCAGGAAACUGUACAAGUUGUUCCUGGAAGUAAACUACUCUGGAGGAUAGCAGCAAGACCUUCACACUCUUCUCAGAUGUAUAAUUUCACAAAUUUUGCAAUGAUGUUGAAUGAACUGGAUGACGAUAUGAAAGGUGUUUUUGCACCGACUGAUUGUCGUUUUCGUCCAGAUAUCCGAGCAAUGGAAAGUGGAAACAUGGAUUUUGCUGGUGCAGAGAAAGAAAGAUUAGAAGAAAAACAACGAGCAUCUCGUAAAGAUAGAGCAAAAAAUGAAGAGGAAUGGAGAACCAGAUGGUUUCGACAGGAUAUCAAUCAGCACACACGAACGCCAGACUGGAUUUAUACGGGGAAGUAUUGGGAAAGAAAUUAUGAAGAUUGCCCUGAUAUUUACUGAGGAUUUUAAUUCUCAAAAGUUUUGUUGAAUGUCGAUCAAAUGACUUUAACAUUUCUACUACUUCUAAAACUUCUACCCUGAUUUUGUCUGCUUUUAUUUUAUUUAACUCACACUGACGUCAGUCCCAGAAUCUCUUAAUUACAGUAUAAUGUUUAUGUGCAAUAACCGACAAGAGGUUUUGGAAAAAAUUUCCCUGACCUUCAUAUACAAAUAAUACAAUGCUUGAACUUGACAGCAUUUCUAUUCUGGUAUAAUGGAUUUGACUGCAACAGUUGAAUUCCCAAUAGUAACAUUUAGGUGAUUUUCCUGCUGACCUCUCCACAGAGCUCUAAAUGGCCUAUUGAAUUCAUCAAGUGUGUAAUACACCAUACAGACUCGAAGGGGAUAGAUUUGAACUUUGGUUUGUGCUGGGUUAGAAGAUCUCAUUUGGGUACGGGUGCUACAAGGCCAUCCCUGAAUUAAGAGUGAAUAAACUGGCCAGGGGUUUGUGGCCUGAUGUUAUUCAUUGACUGUUGCUUGAAGCAUGUGUUUAUAAACAAGGAGCAAGGCCAAAAUUGGGUGCGGUUAUGAGGCCCACUUAGGUGAAAUAGCUUGCAAUCAGUCACUACAAAGACUCGUGGAUGGAAUAUGGCUUGGGUGAAAUACCAGAGAGCAGCUGCUGUGCGUGGAACUACGGAGAAUGGCGUCUACAAGAGAGAAAUGGAGAAAAACUAAGCAAGAAAUAGAAGAGCUUAAAGAAUUUGCUCUACCAGAGCUUAUGACUUGAAACUAGGUACUUGUGUUUUAAAUGCUGAAAUGGACAUAAAUCUAUAUAUGUAGGUCUGAAUAAAAGUCGCAAUUCACUAGAUAGGUAUAAACAUUAACUUUUUUCUCCUUAUUUGGUUCCCCCCCCAAAAUACCGCGUCACAUUAGUGCACACCUGGUGACCAUUUUAUGAAAUAGUUACAGAACGAGAAGUUUUAAUGAAAAUGUUGGGAACGGGGAAGGAUAUAAUUUUUAAUUAGGGGACAAAAAAGCAGACCUCUGUAAAUAUAUUCCCAGUAAUCAGAAUAUUGAACUGGGUGCUAUGUUAGAUGCUAUCAAUUAACCUAUAAAUUGGUGAACGGGAUUGAAAAAUGUGCAGCUGUUAAGCAGCCUUUAGACUAAACAAUUUAACGGUGUUACACACCUUAAUGUUGAAAAUCACACACACACAAUACCUUUUUUAUUGUUUUGCUGCAAUAGUCAAUACAUUUUCUCACCUGCGUUUUCGUGAUGGUCUUUGAAAUGUAGACUUUUAAUCUCCCUUGCAUUCAUUACCCUAAAUAUGACUGUCUCAGGAUGAAGCUAAAUAUUUUUUGCUGACAUAACAAAAUUUCAUGUAAUGCCUACUAUCAUUGAUAAAAGAUAUAUUCAGUUAAUUUGUCUGCAUUUCAGUAUGAACAGCAUUUUGCAAGUCUUAAAGUUUAGAGUACAAAUGUCAGCAGUGAACCAUCUUUGUUCAUUUGUUUCCUUUCUUUGUCUGACAAUGACAUCCCUCUCUGUGAGAGUGAUUCUUUAUUUUUAACAAUUGCUCUUUUGCAGUAAUCUACUUUGAUGCAUGAUUUGAAUGUCCCCACAUGUAUACUGUUUUAAAAGUAUAAAAAAACAUAGUUGCUUGCAUCAUUGCUUACGUGAAAAUUUUCAAAUCCAAACAUGAACAAAAUAUUGUGUAUCUGUAUGUGUUUUAUUGCCAAAGUGAGAUUUUAUUUUAUUCAUGUGUGCACAUGUAGAUGGUCCAAGGCCAUAAUGUUAUUUCAACUUGGAUUCGCAAUAUAAUUUGUGGAAUAGGGAAUCAAAUUGUACAAAGAGAAGUAUACUGGGAUUGAAAUGAUUGGAAAGGUUGCUAAUAAAUUGGUGAAUCA